AUGGUGUCCUUUUCUUGUGAAGUUUGCGGCGACGUCUUGACCAAAAAGAAGCUCGACCCGCAUCGCCAACGCUGCUGGGGUGCAAACUUCACCUGCAUUGAUUGUAUGACCCACUUCCCGGGUACUGAAUAUCGCUCCCAUACGAGUUGUAUGACGGAAGAGCAAAAAUAUCAGGGUGCUUUGUAUCGACCCAAGAAAGGAAAAGGCGCACAAAAUCAGAACCAGAAUCCAAACCAGAACAGGAAUCAGAAUAACUCUCAAGCCAUGGCGCAACCCGCGUAUGUCGAGGAGGUUGCGGAGGACUUUGACACAUGGCGCCAGUACGACAACAACGGCAAUGCGCCUGCUCAGGCCCCCACUCCUCCUUCGGCAACUGAGGCUCCUGUCAACGUUUUCGACUACAUGGUCAACCCUACGCCAACCGCCUCGCGCGUUUCCGUUGCGGAAGAGCAGCCUGAGCAGAAGGAGAGCAAUGAAAUGGUACGCUACGAGUCCAAGACCGAAGAGACCACAGAGAACGCUGUUGUUCACCACGAAACCCCGGCGCCAAAGAAGAAGUCCAAAGGUGGAGAGAAGGAGGUUAAGAAGGAUAAGAAGAGGAAGAGGGAACUCCACAUCGAGACAGACCAUCCGAUGACCGACGCGCCCCCUGUUUUGCAUUCCGGAUUGACUGGAGGAAUCAGCCGCAUGAUGAGCAGACCCGAUGUCUUCCCUCCCUCGCCAGAGUCCGCGGAGACGCCGGCUAGCCCACUCAAGAAGUCCAAGCACUCGAAGCACCACAAAUCAGAGAGUCUUGGAAACAGUCUGAUGGCUAUGAUUGCUGGUUCGAAGCUCAAGAAGAGCAAGUCCUCGAAGACGAAGGAAUCGAAGGACACCAAGGAAGGGAAGGAGAAGAAGUCAUCGACUGCGUCGCCGUCGUCCAAGAAGCACAAGCACAGUCACAACAAGUCGCUCGAAGUACCCAAGGAGCAAAAGAUGAUUGAGUACACGCCCGGUUCCAAGGACGGCGCCGUCGAAAAGGACAAGGAUAACCAGGUCGUCAUCUUCCAGCCUCGCGCCGAGCGCUUUCUGAGCUUCGUCAACAAGGGCCCCGAGAGCGAUAAGGGUGUAAGCCUUAACAAGGCACUGAAGCGCUAUCACCGCGAGCGCAGCGCGUCGGGAACUAGUGUGAGCAAGCUGGCGGAAGAGAAGGAGCUGUGGCGGUCAUUGAGGAUGAGGAGGAACGAUAGGGGGGAAAUUGUGUUGUUCUGUGUUUGA